UGGGCAAUCGUAAUCAAGCGCCGAUUAACGUUGAUACAACCAUAGAGAACAACAAUAACAAAACGGUCAAGAUUCUGAAGUGCUUGCAGUUUCAACUAAUCGAAUGUGAGCAAACAAUUUACAAGGUGUUGCGGCGGUAAUCGAAACAAAUCAACCGGCUCAUUUGUUUGUUUGUUCGUUUUGUGUGUCUUUGCUAUGUGUGCUUGCAGCCUAUUUCUUAGUGUCAAAGGAAGCGACAGGAGGAGCAUGUCGCCAAACCGUUGGAUACUUUUGCUCCUCUUCUAUAUAUCAUACUUGUUAUUUGGCGCCGCCAUCUACUAUCAUAUCGAGCAUGGCGAGGAGAGAGAGACCCGCGCCGAACAACUCAAGGAACGCAAUGAAAUCUAUGAGUAUCUAAUAGAUGAGUUGUCGGACAAGAAUGCGAGCACACAGAAUGAAAUUCUGGAGAAGAUCUCUGAUUACUGUGGCAAGCCGGUGACAGAUCAUACGCAGGAUGAGUAUGAAAUACCGUAUACCUGGACAUUCUAUCACUCCUUCUUCUUUGCCUUCACCGUCUGCUCAACGGUGGGUUAUGGCAACAUAUCGCCAACAACUUUUGCGGGUCGCAUGAUAAUGAUUGUCUAUUCAGUAAUCGGCAUACCGGUCAAUGGUAUACUCUUUGCCGGCUUGGGAGAGUAUUUUGGACGUACGUUCAGUGCGAUAUAUCGACGAUAUAAAAAGCACAAAAUGUCCUCGAACGAUCAUUAUGUGCCACCGCAGUUGGGUCUGAUAACCAUAGUGGUUAUAGCACUGAUACCGGGCAUCGCAUUGUUUCUACUGCUGCCGUCCUGGGUGUUUACCUACUUUGAGAGCUGGGACUAUUCUAUUUCGUUGUACUACAGCUAUGUGACGAUGUCGACAAUUGGUUUCGGUGACUUUGUACCCACCUUUGGUCCCAAUCAGCCUCGUGAAUUUGGCGGCUGGUUUGUGGUUUAUCAAAUCUUUAUCAUUGUCUGGUUUAUAUUCUCCUUGGGCUAUCUGGUCAUGAUAAUGACAUUUAUCACCCGAGGAUUGCAGAGCAAGAGACUGGCGCAUCUGGAACAGCAGCUGUCAUCGAAUCUGAAGGCAACCCAAAAUCGCAUCUGGACGGGUGUUACCAAAGAUGUUGGCUAUCUGCGACGUCUUCUCAACGAACUCUACAUACUCAAAGUGAAGCCCGUCUACACCGAUACAGAAUAUGGGUAUACGAUGCCCCGGUCCGCCUCCUGCCCAGAGCUGAGCAUGUACCGUGUGGAACCAGCUCCGAUACCCAGUCGAAAACGUGCCUACUCCAUUUGUGCCGAUCUGGCAGCCGCCCAGCAGAUGGUGCACGCCAACUCCGAUACGGAACUGAGCAAAUUCGAUCGCGAGAAAACAUUCGAAACAGCGGAAGCCUAUCGCCAGACAACGGAUUUGCUGGCCAAGGUGGUGACAGCACUGGCGACAGUACAACCACCGCCGCCGGAGGCUGAAGAUCCGACGCUCUAUGGUGGCUAUCAUGGGUUGUCGGACUCGCAAAUCCUUGCCAGCGAGUGGUCGUUCUCCUCGCUCAACGAGUACUCGACGACGCCCCGACGUCCGCGUGGACGAGCCUGCUCCGAUUUCAACAUACAACCACCACGACGAUCAGCGCCCAAUGAUUGGACCUGGAGUGGUGAUAACGAACAGAUCCAGGAGGCAUUUAAUAAUCGUUACAAACGUCAAAUUAAUGGCGCCGUCAGCGACUCGCACGUGGUCCAGUUGGAGCAGGAACGUGAACAGGAGGAGCAGUUGAAGAAGAAUGGGGGUCGCGUAAAGAAAUUCUCGAUGCCGGAUGGACUCCGGAAGCUCUUCCAUCGCAAGCGACCCUCACAGGAUUUGGAACGGAAGCUAUCGGUUGUGUCGGUGCCGGAGGGAAUUACAGCGUUGCCUCGCUCCACGCUGGACUACUAUAAUAAUACGGUGACAGAGGGUGCCAGUCAAUCAUAUGUGCGAAAUGGACGCAUUCCACCGCCAGCUUUCGACUCCAAUACGAGCCUGGCUUCUGGCAAUGGCAUGGGCAAUGGUGGCGUCUCCAAUCCGGCCUUCCAGCUGGAUGACUCCGAGCAGGCGACCUUCAACUCCACGACGGCCUAUCAGCGCAAAUCUGCGGCUGGAGCUGCCGCCGCUGGCAGGCGACGUCGGGAGUCAAUUUAUACGCAGAAUCCGGCGCUGGCCGCCAGACGUGGCAGCAUGUAUCCACCAACGACAGCUGCAUCUCUCCAGAUGCAGAUGCAGCGACGCGGCUCCGGUUCGGCGGCAAUGGCAGCUGUUGCCGCCCGAAGGGGUAGCCUUUUCCCUGCGAUGGGUGGACAAUCAUCUAACUCGAUGACGCCGCGUCGCUCAAGCAUAUUUUCGGUGACAUCCGAUAAAGAUAUGGAUGUGCUGGAACAGACCACAAUUGCGGAUCUCAUACGUGCGCUGGAGGUGGUGCACACCCAUGCCGCACUCGAUGAGCACCAACAGCAGACGGCGUCAUCAAACUCCUCAAAGCUGAGCAAGAAGCAGCGCAAGUUGGGCAACGCUGGCCUGGAUCCGCCCCAGCUGCCACCGAUUCUGUCGCUCUUUGCGGGCGAUCAAACGCGUUACUUGCAGGCAACGGCUGCGAAUCGCUUAUACGCCCGUCGCUCCACCAUUGUGGGAACGAUGUCGCCAACGGGCAGGCGGGGAUCGGGUCUGCAAGUGCUGGAGCCGCCGCCCAGCUACACGGAGAGAGCGGUGCCCACUGGCACUGGUACCGGCCCCAGCACUGCCAGCGGUAGCAGCACAGCCGCGCCCACCACCAGCUCAACGCCAAUUAUGGCCCAGUCGAAGUUCAGGCGCCGUUUCAGCGUGCGUCCAACAGCGCUGCAGAUCCCACCGGGAAAGGCGCCUCCCCCUGGUGUCUGUCUCAACGAGGAGCCCGUCUCGCUGCUGUCCAGCUCACAGACAGCGCUGCAGCGUCGCCUCUCACUGCGUCCCUCGCCCCUGGCACGCGAACAGCCGCCACCCACCUCACCACUAGCAGCAAGCGGCUCGAGUUCUGGCCAAGAUGAGGCGGGCAACUCUGCAGCCAGAUUGCUGCCCUCAUCGCUGAUGCGUCCGAGCACCAGCAGCACUCAUUCCCCAUUGUCGCGCAUUGUGCAAAUCUCACAGGCGCAGCGCAAGAGCAGCAUGCCCGAAGGAUUUCCGGGACGGAAGCAGAGCAGCAAUACCGGAAGCGGAAGUGGUGCUGGCGCUGAAAACUAAUGUCUCUCAAGUGUUUUCUAGUUUGUAGCUUCGUCUAUAUUAUUGCCACUAAAUUUGUAUAUUUAUAAUAGCCUCUACCUAUUAACUAUAGUUAUAUUAUUAUACAAAUUAUAAUACAGUUAUCGGUCAAAAAUUGGCAUCGCCAAAAAUUCAAAACAAAUAU